AUGAGUGACCAAGUGCUAUUGGAAAAAUUAGACCAGACUACUGAAACGUUAUCGGUAAAACUAGCAGAAUUGAUUAGGCUAUCAGGAUUGGACAAUGGUGUUGAAGAAACAGACGGUAAUGAAAAUAAUAUAGAUAACCAGACAGAUCUCAGUAUAGCUACGACUGGUGUAACAAUUAUGAAUACUCAGAAUACACAGUUAAUAAAAGGUGUACAAGACCUACUGACGUUAACGAGAAGUAUCAGAGAAAAAUGGUUAUUGAAUCAGAUUCCUGAGCAGGACGAGGGACCGAAGGAUUCCCUUAAGAAUACAAAUCAUGAAGGAUUAGAGUCAUUGUUAGAUAAAUCUAUGAAGGAAAUCGUGGGGGAGGAUGCUAUGACAAAUAUAUAG